AUGCAGUCUUCGCCCCUCGCCAAUCCGCUGGCAACAGUCGCUCAGCUUGAAACCUCUGGAUCCCAGCUCGAUGGCAUUCCAAUUGACCUUGAGAAUUCGGUCCGCUUCGACGGCGCCCGACUCACACAGGCCGCGGGAAUCCUGCUGCGUCUGCCGCAGGAAGUUAUUGCGCAGGCUAUAGUAGUGUUUAUGAGGUUUUGGGUGGGUCCCGAGGGCGGGAGUUUAGCCGAGUUUGGCGCUCAGCAAGUCUCCGCAGCCUCCAUGUACCUGACGACGAAGCUCUCCGCAUAUACAAAGUCCGCAAGAAGCAUCAUAAACGUCUAUACCUACCUCGAUUCCCUCCCCUCCACGUUUGUCGAUCCAGCGCAGCUGCAGGCUAAGAAAGCGGAGGAAUACUACGUAUCAGAGGGCACAUACCAGAGGCGGAAGAUGGAGCUGUUCGAGACAGAGCAGCGGAUACUAAAAGUCCUGGGCUUUCAAGUGCAGGUCUCGCUCCCAUACUCGCUCUGCAUCACCUAUCUCCAGGCGCUGGACGUCUUCUCGCAUCCUCGCGCCUCUGACCUAGCUAGUCGAGCCAUGGCGCACUUGAAUACGGCACUGCUGAGCCCACAGGUGCUGUACCUGACACAUCAGCCCCCAAGUUUGGCUACUGCUGCGAUUUAUCUGGCCGCGAAGGAGGUCGGGAUCAAGCUCCCUGAUGUCGAGUGGUGGGAGGUGUUUGAUACCGAUCGAGAAGAGCUCGGCUUCUUGGUGGUGGCGCUGCUCAGUGUGGAGAGUUUCGCGGCCAAGGAGCGAGCCAGCUGGGGCAGUAGGAAGGUUCCGAUGACCGUGGAUGAUUUAGAAGCGGAGAUGAAGAAGAGUGCGAAUGGGGAGGAUUGA